GCUUCCAUAAUAAUCAAACAAUGAGUAAAAAAAUUUUAAUUAUUUUUCUAUUCAUCGUGAAUACAGUGAAAAGUUUUAGUGAUCAAAAUGACGUUGAAAUUGUUUUUCUACCAAUUCAAAAUGUUAAACGUGAACUUGAGAUCCCGUUGAGUUUCGAAGUUUUCGAUCGAAAAAUCGAUUUAUUACUAAAAAGAAAUGAUAAAUUAUUAUCAUCAAAUUUUCAAGUAUGGAGACAAACAAAUAAAGAUUUUCGUGAAGAAAUUCAAGAAUUAAAUUCACCAGAAUCGUGUCAUUAUUUAAUUGAAGAUGAUAAUAAAUCGGCUGCAAUUAAUUUCUGCGAGGAUCGUAAAAUGACUGGAAUUAUUUUUCUCGACAACAUGGCUUUGGAAAUAAUGCCAAUAGAAAAUAAUGCAUCAUUUUAUAAAAAUAAUAAUAUAAACAAUAAACAAUUGGAAUAUUUAAAAAUUCCUCAUAUUAUAAAAAAAUUUUCACCACCAUCUAAUGUGACAAUAAUAAAAUUAAAUGAAAUUAAAAGAGAAAUUAUUAAUUCACAAUUAACAAUGGAAUUGGCAUUAUUUUUCGAUGAAAUGGCUUAUAAAAUAUUUAAACCAUUUUUUAAUGAUGAUGAAAAAAAAUUACGCGAUAUGUUAUUGGCAUAUGUAAAUGGAAUUCAAGCAAUAUAUCAUCAUCCAAGUUUGGGUGUGAAAAUAAAUAUUAUUUUAAUACGUCUCGAAAUAAUGAGACAACAACCAAGAGAAUUACCACACUAUAAUGGUGAACGUGGUUCAUUAUUGGAUUCAUUUUGUCGUUAUUCGAAAAUUUACAAUCACAUCAAUGAUUCAAAUCCAAAUCAUUGGGAUAUUGGAUUAUAUAUAUCGGGACAUGAUUUUUUUGCAAUUGAAAAUGGAAGAAAAAAUAAUGUCACAAUGGGAUUGGCAACAGUUGGCGGUAUUUGUCUCGAGGAUUAUUCUUGUGUUAUCGCUGAAUUUGGAGUUAGAAAUACAUUUGGAAAACCAUAUCCAUCGGCGGGAUUUACUUCAGUUUAUAUUGCAGCUCACGAAAUUGGACACAAUUUAGGAAUGCAUCACGAUUCAAUUGGAAAUUCAUGUUCAAAAAAUGGAUACAUUAUGUCACCAAGUCGAGGAACAAUUGAAGGUGAAACAAAUUGGUCCGAGUGUAGUCGUGAAAUUGGAAAAAAUCUCUUUCGUAAUAAAUUAUGCCUCUUGGACGAAAACAAUAAUAAUAAUAAUAAUAAUUUAAUUUUAAAGCCAAUGAAAAAAUGGACAGCAAAAAAACAAUGUGAAUUAUUUUUACGCAAUAAUAAUGCUGAAGUUGUGAAUCUACAGAAUUCAUGUCAAUCACUUGAAUGUAAAAUUUCCAAUAAAAUUGAAUAUUAUCACGCUGGUCCAGCAUUAGAGGGUACUAAAUGUUCAUUCAAUGGUGAUUAUGAAUGUCAAGGCGGUGAGUGUCUUGCAAUUUCAUCGCUUGAUGAUGAUGAUUGGAGUAAUUGGCGUGAAGAAUCAUGUAAAAGUGGUUGUUUACAAAAAUCCCAUGGUUAUCGUUUGAGAAGACGAAUUUGUGAAAAUCCAUUAAACACUUGUCAGGGAUAUUCGUUUGAUGUUCAACUUUGUAAUGAUGUGAGACUCUGUAAAAAGAAACGUAAAUCAAUUGAUGAAUUUGCAACAAUAAAAUGUGGGGAAUUUAGUAAAAAAUUGGAAAUAUUAAAAAGAGAGGGAAUUCAGGCAUUACAUGAAAUUGAAAGACCAUGGAUGGCUUGUGCUAUUUUUUGCUUAAGAAAAGAUAUUAAAGCGUAUUAUACACCACGUAUUGAAUUAAAUGACCUUGGCCUCGAUCCAUAUUUUCCCGAUGGUACCUGGUGUCAUUACAAUCAAGGUCAACAUUAUUUUUGUCGUCAUCAUCAUUGUUUACCGGAAAAUUUUCAAUUUUUCGAAAAAAAUUCAAUUUCAAAUAAUGAUUAUUUGAUUAUUUCAGAAAAUUAUGAUGGAAAAAUAAUUCCGGAUGAGGUGAUGAAAUAUUUUAGUCUUGAUCUGAAUGGCAAGCCUCUUUUCACAAAGGGAGCGAUUAAUUCUUCUGAUGAUGAUGAACUUUCCGAAUCUGCACAGAAAAAAUCUGAUAUUUAUUUUUAAAAUUAAAAUUUAAUUUUUUUUUGUAAAUGAAUUUUUGAAAAAUAAAACUUUUCUUUAAAUGGAA